CGGCCAGCCGAUUCGAAUAGGUAAAUUAAGCGCUUAUAUAAAGGAACGCGAAACGUCUAGAGUUUAGUCCUGUGCCUGCGUGUUCGUGCAUCGUUCGUUGAAGUCUUCUGUAAUAAUGGCAAGAUCGGUUCUUUGCUUUCUAAUGCUGGCUGGCUCGUUGCUGACAGCAGUCAACGCCGGCUGCUCGGUUCAGAGUAACUGCUGGAGUACAGGCUGUACGGUCCAGGUUAACACGGACCCCUGGACUCCCAACGCCGUCGAGAGCUUCACGUUCACGAGCGACUACGCCACCGUUUCGGACGAGAUAUGGAACGCGAUAUUGAUCGAUCAGAAUGGCAAGACGUACACCGUAAAGCUGGCAUCGUACUCGACGAAUCUCUGGGGCUUCAACGUCAGGGGUGUGAGCGAGAUCCCACAGGUAAGCUGCGAGGGGAGCGCACCAAGCACACCGUCGCCAACGACUUCGCAAACCACACCGCAAACCACACCGCAAACGACGCCGAAAACGACGCCGCAAACGACGCCGCAAACCACACCGCAAACGACGCCGCAAACGACGCCGCAAACGACGCCGCAAACCACACCGCAAACGACGCCGCAAACGACGCCGCAAACCACACCGCAAACGACGCCGCAAACGACGCCGCAAACGACGCCGCAAACGACGCUGCAAACCACACCGCAAACGACGCCGCAAACCACACCACAAACGACAUCGCAAACAACACCGGAAACGACACCGCAGGCGUCGAGUACAACGUCGCCCGGCAGCGGUAUCCUGCUUCCGACCGUAAGCCUCCAGUCGAGCUUCAGUCGCAUGAUCGAAUUCAGUAACACCCUCACUACGAUCGUCGACAGCGCCUCUAGCGCCCGAGCCGUCCACAGUAGCGGUGGCGCUGCCGGCGGGGUCGUCUCCGAGGGUCAAGGGUACGGACUUUUCAUCGCCGCCUCCGUCGCUGCCACGACGUCGGCUGGCGAACGCGAUACGGCGCUCAGUUACGCCUUCGAGAUAUUCCGCGGCUGGAAGAGAAUGUGCGAGCUGACGGACCAGAGUAGUUGCCAGGGUGGUGGCUACAUCUGCGAGGGUAACCCCUGCCUGCCCAACUGGAAGUUCGACGACAAUAUCGCGGGAGCGCUUGGCACCGGUGCGGCGGCGGACGGGGACGCGGACGCUAUAUUGGGAAUGAUCAUCAUGGUGGAGACAUCUGCCGGUGAGGUACGUUCGUGGUGGAACGAGAUCGCAAGCUGGGCUUACCAGAGCUGCAAGGCUUUCAUGGAUUUCAACACGAUACUAGAUUUGUCCGGAACGAAGAGGAUUAUGCGACUUGGUAGCUGCUGGGGAGGUUGGGACUGCGCGAAUCCGUCCUACUACGCACCGGCGCACUACCGCGUGUUCAGAGAUUACAUGUUGAAGUACGCCAGCACAUACGCCACGACAAGCGAAGGACUCGAUUACAGCACCAAGUGGAACGACCUCAUCAACAACGUCUACCUCGUCUUAGAAGCCAAUCAGUGUUCUUCGACCGGACUGACGACUAACUGGUUCGUUCCGUCUCAGUCCGACCCAUCUAGCGGUGGCGCCACUGCCUGCUCCGGAAGUGGAACACCGGCGGCCGAGUUCGGCUCCGAGGCUUCGCGCGGCAUUUGGCGAGUCGCUCUCGAUGUCUUCUGGUUCUUGGAGGAAGCUACGCAGGGCGUCGGUGCCGCCACCUACUCGGCGCGCGUCGCCAACCAGGUCAUAUCAAAGAUGAAGACGACCAACAGCAGCUGCCUCUCCACGCACUGCGUCGGCAACCUGGACACGGGAUGCUUCGUCACGUCGAUCCACUCCGGCUGGCUGGACAACGCCUUCAUGUUCGGGCCAAUGUUUUCGUCGCUGCUGCCGCCGCUCGUCGGCGGAGAAGCGGCCGACCAGCAGCGCGUGCUCGACCUCGCAGCUACGAAGGUCGACUCGCAGAGCAUCAGCGAUUACUACAGCGGUAGUUGGACGGCGCUUGCCACGCUCACGCUGUCGGGCGAUCUGGCUGCUCUGAAUCCCCUACUUUCCGGUUUGAUCUAAAUUACGGAAACACCUUAGUGGCUAUAUCAUAUAUCGUAUUGCAUCGGCUUUAUACUAUAUAUAUAUAUUCCUAGCUGCGUAGUAAUACUUAGAUAUUAUGCAACAAAACAGAUCAAGUAAUAAGAAAUCAAUAUAGAGUAUAGUACCUAUAUUUUUGAGUAGUUUUUAUGUAGUAUUUUUGUGCGAGUAAGUGGAGAGAGACUCACUACAUACGUAAUGCAUGCGGUAUGUCAGCGCAUAGAUGUGAAUAAUUUCAGCGUGGGCAACCGCUCUAUAGCUUACGGUAUCUGUUUUUGGAGGGUAACGAGUGGUGGUUUUAGAUACGUGGCACAAAUUCGCUGAAAUGUGAGUGUGUCAGUUGAGUUAAUGGUGUACGGUGCGGAGAGAUACGUGUACCAGCGCGAAGCGUGUAUUCUGUUAAAUGACCAGGCGGCACAGCUAGGUGUAUUAUUAGUGUCAGAGACAUUUAGCACGUCACGUCGUUCUGAGUUAGUAAACUGGAUAGUUGUCACCCGUUAGAUCUGUUGUUGUGUUAUUUCCUGGUUGCCACAUGAUAUCACGGAACUGUCCACCCGUUGUCACAGUAACUAAAAUGUGUAAGAAUCCGAUAUGCUGGCUGAUUUACUAAUAUACCUGAUAUCGAUACAAAGCA